UUUACGAAAGAAGCAAACCUAAGAAACUUGCAACGCCGAAGUGGGAAAUGCGAUCCACGUAUCCGUUACGAGCAAACAUCUGGGAAUAUCUGUAUGAAGAUAACGUCGAACAAAAGUUCAGCUGCACCAAUAAAAGAAGACAUAGGAAAUGUAAACAAAAGUCGGUCGAAAGCGAUUCUUGCAGGAAAACAGCUGUCUGGUUGCUUUUGAUAUUUGGUGCUGUUACUGGAACUUUUGUUUCAGUAUCUCUGUGGAAAACUUACGCAAGCCGAGAAGGCCUGACACCUACGGCGAAGAUAAUGUCGUUACCUGGUGUGGACUCGUCUUCAUCAGUUAGCUUCGAAUGCUGCACCAGAAUGAAGUAUUUAGCCGAACGUCUCGCGAAAUCUGAACAAUAUCUCAGAAACACAUUGCGAUCACGGACUCUAAUGUUGCCAUCGCGCCCCAAGUCAGAACAAAUGGCAACAGUUGCAGGGGCUAAGGACAUUGAUACUCGAUACAUAGAAGGUGCAACGGCGUCAAAGGGUGGUGACACAACGGAGUGGGGUGGAAGGGUAGCACUUUGGGGUGUCGUGCCUUUGUGGCGAGCUGCCCCAUCGCCCGAUACAGUGCUCGCUUUGCGAAGACCUACGCUGUCAGACUGUUGGCCUUUCAUUGGUUCGUACGGAGAAAUAAUAAUACGGCUGCCACAAUCGCAGAGGGUGCGUUACGUCACUGUUGAACAUAUUCACCCGGAUACGGCCCGGAGUGCGCCCAAGCAUUUCCUAAUAUACGGUACCCUAGCAAACAACACUUGGCUGAAGAUAGCAGACGGACAAUACCGCGCUGAAGGCCCCGCGAAACAAUACUACCCAUUAGCCUACAGCCACGUUGAAUGGACGAGCUUCGUAUUCCGCGUGCUAUCCAACCAGGGGAACAACAAAUAUACUUGCAUUUAUAGAAUUCAUUUGUAUGGGAAAGUUGACAAUAGUUUAGUUCCUUUUAAUAAAUUAUAA